AUGACAGGCGCUCUGAGCUGCGAGCUCGUCGACGACGUGGUUUGUGUCCACAAGGACUUGCGCAUCUCGUUUCAGCGUACGAUCCGUGUACCCGAUAAUGGUCAGCAAGUCUCUUACUUGCCUCCAUCGCUUGGAAAAUUUCCGCUGCAAAAGGUGUCUCAACACGCGACCAAGAUGACAGAAGCCAUGGUUGCGAAGGGCGGACUAUUCUUUCCAAUGCAUCAGUCCGAGGCGAUGUGGAUCAACUUCCGUUGCUUGAGUAAGCUGCAGUACCAUAUCAAAGUGUACGUUGGCGGGGUCAAUGCCAUGUCCGGGGAGCCUGCCAUCGAGACCAAUGCUACUCGCCAGGAACAGCUUCAACGCGGCGACCGCACCUUGCAGGACUACCUUGUCGUUCCAAAACAGAAUUGGCUUGACGGGAUUGCCGAUUCCGAUGGAACCGUACGUCAGUUCGUCGCUAUGCCUUUUGGUAGUGGCCAUUCUGUCGAGAUGCAAGUCACGGGUCAGGAUGCGGCAGGUGGUAUCCAGAUUGAGGUGACUCCACGCAAGCCUUAUCGACAUCUUGCACGCAAGCUUCUUGGGCCUGGUGACAUUUCGAUUCAGGUCAAGACACUUACCGGAAAGAUCAUUCCACUCCUAGUGUUUCAGGAAGAGACCGUUGAAGACGUCAAGGUUCGUCUUCAGCACAAGGAAGGCAUCCCACCGGAACUCCAAGCUUUGAUCUUCGCUAGACAACAACUUGAAGGUCAGUACGGUGAUGAAAUGCAUCUUAUCCUGACGCUUCGACGUGGUGGUACUGGGCCACUGCCUCGCGAGAUGAGUAUUGCUGCUGGUGGGAAGAUCAAGCAAGCCAUUCACGCAGACACUUACAGCAACGAGUGGCUUUCCGACCGAACCACUGUCUUCAACGUGCAGAUUCUGAAUUCGGCCGCGUACAAGGUCGUCACUGGCAAUCCACCACCUUCCAAGCCCAUCUGUGCUCAAACAUACGCCGAAAAUGGCAUGCCGUUCUUCGCGAUAUAUGAAGAGCCUAGCGGUAUCUCGGGUGAUUUCGGUAUGGUGAAAUCGGUCGCGCAGAUUGAUGGCAUCGAGGAGAAGAAUGUGAACCCUGGCAUCCACUAA